AUGCCUAUCCGUCUCGCUCGAUAUUCCGAUACUCCUACCAUAGGAUCCAUCUUUGCAGCUGGAUUUUACGAUGAAGAAGUAGUGGGAGUCAUUCUUCAUCCAUAUAGGGACCAGUUCCCGCAAGACUUCGUGGCGCAUUGGUACCAUCGAUGUCGAGAAAGGUUCUGGGACCAUUCCAUGGUGUACUUGGUGAGCUAUGAGACGGAUCCAGCCUCAGGAAAGGAGGUUCUGACGGGGGCGGCGGAAUGGAAACGUCAAGGGCUGGGAUGGGAGAAGGUAUGGGGCUUAUGGGGAUGGUGGGAUCCAAGACGUCUCAUCAGGCCCGUUUUCGCCUUCAUGAAUUUCCUUGCCAAUACCUUCUUCCCCAACCGCGCCGCCGCAAAGCCCCCGAACAUGACUCCUACGACUUUCGCACCGACGACCAUCCCCUUUGUCGCCCACAUCCUCUCUUCCCCUCCAUAUCGUAAUAACUGCUGGGCUUUGUCUUGCCUUGCUGUGCUUCCGCAGUAUCAGAAUCGCGGCUAUGGGCGAGAACUGGCUGCCUGGGGGGUUGCAAAAGCGAAGAAAGAAGGCAUCGUUGCUAGUGUGGUGGCUUCAAAGGGAAAAGAACGCUUCUAUCAACGCUGCGGUUUCUCGGAGCUGGUGGGAUGGUUAACGGACGGAGAAGAGAACCCUCUGAAGAAGCUGGGCGUCCAAGGCGGUGCCAUUCUCUUCACACCACCCAGCCCUGGGUUAGAGGAGAAAUAAAUAACUGACAGCUAGCAUGGUGCCGACAGCCUGGGACGAGGCCUGAAGUUCAGGGUGUAUCAUCAUCUUUCGAGUGCCAUUUUCUCGGCAUAUCUUGCGUGCUGCAUGGUUUUGUUUGUAAUCGCUAAAUAUCUGCUCGCAUACAAAUUUAGUAAAUCAAAUCUGC